AUGACAGUGAGACAGUAUGCAUCAAAAUUUGUGGAGUUGUUGAGAUUUGCCCCACACUUGGUCCACACUGAGGCACUGAAGGCCGAGAAGUUUGAGCGAGGCCUAAACCCCAGAAUUAUGGACUCCCUUCUUGCAUUGAAAAUUAGAAAGUUCGCAGACUUGGAAGAUAGAGCAGUGAUACUUGAGGAGAAUUUACGAGUCCGGGCAGGGGAAUUCAAUCAAAGGAAGAGGCCAUUUUAUGCCAUGGAGCAAAAUAAGGGCAAGAGACCUAUGUACAGCUCGAUGCCCGAGCCAAUCCAAGUGGUCAAACCUCCCCAACGUGGUACAACAGCGCCUCACCCCGCAUGCCAAAACUGUGGCAAACGUCAUGUCGGGAAGUGCCUUAUGGGGACUAACAUCUACUUUAAAUGUGGUAAGAUAGGUCAUUUGGCACGGGAGUGUACAAUGCUUGUGGCUCCUAAUACUCAAGUGCAGAAUCAAAGGCAGAAGAAUCUAGCACCGGCUCGAGUUUUUGCGUUAACAUUUGAUGAUGCUGAUACUUCUCCUAAUGUGGUAACAGGUAUUCUUCCCCUAUUUUCGCAUCGUGCUUUAGUACUAUUUGAUUCUGGUGCUACGCAUUCAUUUAUAUCUCGUAAAUAUGCAUGCCUGAGCGAGAGAGCACCUGAACCUCUUGAGCCAGUGAUGUCUGUUUCUUCACCUCUUGGGAAAUCCAUGAUUUGUCAGUUUGUGCUGAAGGGUUGUGCGAUAAAGAUACAAGAUUGA